CUCACCAAAGAGAAAGACAACAGAAAUAAAAACACCUGAGCAAGGUAGACGGAGAAGAUGAGGUGGAAGGAGAGAGAGAAGAGAUGGAAGGAGAGAGAGAAGAGGUGGAAGGAGAGAGAGAAGACGAAGAUGAGGUGGAAGGAGAGAGAGAAGGGCAACAGAAACGUGAUAGAGAGAGAAUACAAGGCCAAGGCGACCAGGGACAGGAGGAGGUGGGAGAACACCACAGCGGUGAAGAUAUGGAGGAGGGAGAGCAUCACCAAGAUGAGGAGGGAGAAAGCGAGAGACAAGAUAACGUGCAGGGCUCAGACAAUGAAAGGGAAAGGAGAGUGUCUGAGCCAUCACCAACUAUCUCCAGUCGAGCUGGUCCACAUGACGUAUCCAAGUCCAGGUGUGAGGUGCCAGUGCAGCCAAUGCGUGAGAGUUUCCCUAAGACCCUCCAGGGAGGAGCCAGGAGAAGCUUCCGCAGCGACUGGUACAAAUCUCAUCCCUGGUUAGAAUACUCACAAUCCAAAGAUGCAGCUUACUGUUCUGCUUGUAGGCAUUUUUCCCUCACUGAUGCUCCAAGGACUGUUUUCACCUCAUUCGAGGGUCAUCGUAACUGGAAAAAGGCUACAAUGAAAGACAGUGGUUUCUGUUCUCAUGCCAGAUCUUAAGGCCAUGUAAAUGCAAUGUUUGCAUGGACAGAGAACAAGAACAUUAUGGAUAAAAAUACCUCAAUGUUUGGACUAAUGGAUGAACAAAAAAAGAAGCAGGUGGCUGAAAAUCAAUACUACAUUAAAACAUUAGCUGAAAUUUUAGUUCUAACAGCCACAGAAAACAUAGCACAGCGGGGUCAUAGGGAGUCUCUCGACUCAGAAAAAAAGGGGUGUUUUUCUGUCUAUGUUAGACUUGCUAGGUAACCAUAACCCAAUCAUUGAAAAAAGACUUGAACAACAAACAAUACAGAAUUAAAUACUUGAGUUCUUGGCUGCAAUGGUCAAAGAGGAAAUCAUCCAGGAAGUUAAAACGAGCAAGCAGUUUUCAGUAAUUGUUGAUGAAACUAAAAAUGUUCAGAAAAAAGAGCAAAUGUCAUUUGUUCUGAGACAUUUUUACAACGGUGUGGUUCAUGAAAGCUUUCUGGAGUUUGAAGUGACACCUGGAUGCUGCCGCCUUAAGUGGCAAGAUUAUAUGCCUCCUUGAGAAGCAUGGGCUGGAGUACAAGAACAACCUUGUAGGCCAGGGCUACGAUGGGGCAGCAGUGAUGCGCGGGGCACAUGCAGGUGUUCAAGCAAAAAUAAAAGAAGUAGCCAAACAUGCCUUCUGUGUUCACUGUAGUGCACACUGCUUGAACUUAGUUAUAGUAGACGCUGUAAAAAGUGUGGCAGAUGCAGGAAACUUCUUCUCAUUAUUGGAACGACUGUAUGUAUUCAUGUCUGGGUCUUAUGUACAUAACAAAUGGCUGGUGCACCAAGGGAACUCUAACAGCUAAGUGAUACACGUUGGGCCUAUAGGCACAUAGCAUCUCGCAAUGUUAUGGACAGGUUGCCUGCAAUAGUACAGGUGCUUGAAGAGAUCGCAUCUGAGAACCAUCCACAAAAAGCUGUUGAAGCAAGAGGGAUAUUGGCUCAAAUUGACCAGAAUUUAGCUGGAUCUCUUGUUCUGUUCAGAAAGUGACUCCAAAUUUUUAUCAGACAUGCUCCAGUCUAAAACAGUGGACUAUGCUAAGGCUGUUGAACUUAUUGAAGCACUUAAAGAGACAUUGGUCCAGUACCGUAGUCAAGCCUCAUUUGAGGAAAUGUGGAGUGACACAUUGAUACAACUCAGCGAAAACCAAAGAGGCCAAGACAGACAAUAAAGGUGCUUCAGGACACUUUCAUACACUCCACCUUGGGACAGCAUGUAG